CAAUGUCAGUGCGGUGGUCCGCUCACGAACAGCGUAUUUAUUUUAGUUCAUUAUUUCUAAAAAGCGCGUCCUCUAAAUAAAACCUGAAACAGAUCGUGUAUUUUUCUAAUAAUUUGUAAGAAAACUGGUAAUUGGAUUUCUAAGAAAUUAACUUUUUGAUUGAAAAUAAAUAAAGUGUAACGGGAUGGCAAAAUUUUAAAUCGCGUCACAUGUUAUACACUUUUCUGGUUGGUUAUGCGCAGCACGUUAUAGAUGAGUAAGCAAAUUAGUAAAACCGACGCAAACAUUGAAUGGUCUAGUAACGAACGAAAAUGAAUUCAGAAAAAAUGCAUGAAUAAAACUCCAAUGGCUGGCGUAAUUUUGUAAGCGGUGGGGAGCGAGACUGAACUAACCAUGAGUUCGAGUGAAGGUUGCUGCCGUGUUUCCAUUAUAAAAGCGGUAUUGUAUGCUUACCAGUUUGUUUUUGUGCUAACUGGAAUUGCCAUUGUAACUGUGGGAGUAUGGAAGUACUUGGAAACAUACCAUUAUUUCACCGUAGCUGAUAUGACUAUGUAUUCUGCCAUUUUGUACCUCUUUAUAACUACUGGAUGUCUAGUCAUUUGUGCCUUUGUCUUUGGUUUUUGUGCUAUACCAAAGAAUAGAACUAAGCUUAUAUUUGUAUUUAUUUUAGUCCUGGUUUUAGUAUUCCUAUUGGAGUCACUUGUGGCUAUUCUUGCAUAUUUUUAUCAGCAAAAUGUAUCUGAAGACGUUAGCCAAAGAUUGAACUCCUCAUUUCUGGAGAAUUACAAUAGAAAUUCCAAAACCGAUUCCGUGGAUUUUAUACAAGAAAAUCUGAAUUGCUGCGGGGCACAGACCUUUUCAGACUGGAAAUAUAGUCGAUGGAUUAAAGGUUCACCCGGAAUUAUGAAUAAAGUUCCAGAUUCGUGUUGUAAAACUCCUAUUUUUCUCUGUGGUAAAAGUGAUCAUCCUUCCAACAUAUUUUACGCGGGAUGUGAAGAAAAAGUAGCUCUUAUCCUAAGAAUGAGUUUGUGGAUCAUGUGUGCGGUAUCACUUGGAGUCAGCAUCUUACAAGUGGUCGGAGUCGUUUUCAGUAUAAAACUUUUUUUAAAAUUGGAAGCUGAAGAUCGAAAUUAUAACCCACGAUCCAAUGGGAUCGAGUCUUUGAUACCUCCGUAAAUGUUUCGCAGUUUUGAAUAAAGAUGAAACCUCUAUGUUGUGCCUUCCAAUCUAUGUUAAAAAUAAACAGAUCAUAGUCAGAAACGAUAUUCUUUAAAAAAUUUGGAAAUUUAUGUAUUUAUAUAUUAUGUUAGUUAUGAGGAUUUCUGUUUAGCUAUCACCCUAUAUGCUAUUAGUAAUAGUCGCUCGUCGCGAUUAGUUGAAUAUUGGUAAAACUUGAUUAGUUAAAUAUGGUAUUUUCAUAAAAGACAGAUUUUUUCAAAAUGUUUAAUUCAAACCCUUUUAUAUUUUAUUCUAUUAAAAAAAUGCAGCCAAUGAAAACCUCGGAGGAAUCUUUAUAAAUGAGUUUUUUGAUAAAAUUAAAAGUUAAACUGACAAUAGAUUACGACAUUACAGGAUUAACAGGAAUUUAUUAGGUUGCUUUUAAGUUAAGCCAACAUAUGAAAAUGUUCUAUUCUAGGAAAAAGUGUCACUAACAUAGUUUUAAUGUUCUAGUCUACCGCAAUUGAAGCUUUAAUGUUUUAAAAGAAUUAGAUGUAGUUAAAAAUGGUAAAAACUGAAUAAUACUUAUAAGGACUUUUAUUCUGAAGAUCGCCAAAUAGGUGUCUCUGUAGGAAUUGACGCAGUGUAAUGACAUAAUAAAAAUUUAUUCAAAAGAA